AUGGAAGCUCCACGUAGACCUAGGGGGUGGGAUAGUGCUUCCACGCUUUCUUUGCGUCCUUCGUCCAUCUACCCUGCGAUGCAUCUGUCCUGUGCUCCAGUGGACUUUACGACCGCGUCCUCGACAUGCGCCCUCAGCUUUCUGUCACUGGCCGUCGUGCUCGUCAUCCUUGCUUGUGUCUGGGCCUGUCGCCACCAACAGCAAGGCGAUAAGAAGGGUGUGUGGAAGUGGGGCGUCUUGACCUUGGAGACGCUACAGUCAACGCCGACGAAGGAGAAGGAGUCCAUGUCUGUGUCGCAGUUGGAAGGCCAACACCGGCGUGUGGUUUACUACGAGUCGCAAGCGCCGGUGUCGAUGGCGAAGAUAAUAAUGUCGCGGCAUACCUUUCGUCGACCAACGCCUCGCUCGAUACCACCGCCACCACGGCCUUCGCAACAGCCACCAAUAUCAACACCACGGCCACAGAGCGGGCCGGGACGACGCACCCGUUCACUAUCACCGCCUCGUCUACGCCAGCAACUGCCAGUAACGCCUUCGAUGGUGUGA